UACGCUACAAAAAAAUGGUAAUAAAGUUUACAUCGUCUAUAUUGGCGCUGCGGCCCCAUCCAGCAAUGGUGCCAUGCGAAAGGAUCAAGCUCAACUCAUCACCUCAUUGCUUAAAAGGAAUAGUAAAGCAUUGGUGUACACCUACACAAAUGGGUUCUGUGGGUUUUCAGCCAGGUUGACGGCGGAAGAAGCUCGAUCAAUUGCUCAAAGCCCCGGAGUGGUAUCUGUUUUUCCUGAUCCAAUUUUACAGCUCCAAACAACCCGCUCCUGGGAUUUCUUGGAUUCUAUGUCUUAUAAAAAAAUCUCUCCUUCUACCACGGAUAAACAAUCAUCAUCUUCCAAUGAAGCAGAUACCAUAAUUGGAUUCAUAGACUCAGGAAUCUGGCCUGAAUCUCCUAGCUUCAAUGACAAUGGAAUGGGACCCAUCCCGACCCGGUGGAAGGGAAAAUGUCAGGAAGGGUUUGAUUUCAGUUAUACCAAUUGUAAUAGGAAAAUUAUAGGAGUUAGAUUUUACAAGGAUGUCUUUGGAAGACCAUUUUUGUCGGGAAGGGAUAACUUGGGCCAUGGAAGCCAUGUUGCAUCCACGGCCUCUGGCUCCAGAGUUGAAAAUAUUUCAUACUAUGGUCAAGCUACAGGGACUGCCAGGGGUGGGUCCCCUAGUUCACGGAUCUCUGUAUACAAGGUAUGUAAUUACCUCGGGUGUCCUGGAUCUUCAAUACUUAAAAGCUUUGAAGAUUCAAUUAGUGAUGGAGUGGAUAUAUUAUCCAUCUCCUUACUAAUGCUGAAAAACUCCCAAGGCAUUUAUGCAAAUUUUUCAAACGAUCCAAUUGCAAUUGAAUCUUUCCAUGCAACCGAAAAAGGCAUUGCCGUUGUCUGUGCUGCCGGAAACAACGGCCCAGACCCGCAACUGCCCCGCGAGCAACAUGUGUGCCGGUGCGUCGUAAGAGGAUGUACGUUUAUUUAAGACAGUUGGAUGCACGCAAUUAAUGCACCGGAUGAGUGCACACGUUCACACUUUAAGAAUGGAGUGCACCUGAA